AUGCACCGCGGGAUCCGCUCGAAAGGAGGUGGGCGCCGGCGGCACCGAGGCGGGGACGGGACGCGCGCCGAGGGGGCGGCCUCCCGGUGCCGCCGGCCCGCGGGAGCGCCCACCUCGCCCUCGGGCCCGGAGACGGAGAGCGAAGGUAAAAUGGCCUCGGGGCGGCGGAAGCGGCCGCGCCUCAGCCCCGGGGACCCUGAGGUCCUCGCCGCCGCUCUGGCCGGGGCCCGGCCCGCACCUACCUCUCCGGACGGAGGCCGCGCGGGCGCCGCCCAGUCACAUAGGCCGACCGCGCGCCGCCGCUCGCUGCCCGGGCCGCCCGACCGCGCUGCCGCCGGCCCCCGGAGGAAGCGAGGCCCCGUCGCCCCACCCCCUUCCCCGCUCCUCCCGCCGCGCCGCCCCGCCCCGCGCCGCCGCCGCCGCCGGCGCCCGCCCUUCUCCAUCCCGCCAUGUUCGCGCUCGGCCCGCUCACCGACGAGUCACCUCCCGGACGCGGACGCAGCGACCCGCCCGCCAGGCCCCGCCGCGGAGAGGAAAGACGAAUGGAAGGCGCCCGCUGGGGGCCUCGAGGCGCUCGGGGAGGAGCUGCGCCUAGUGGCACGGCCCGCGGCCGCCCCAGCGCUUCCAGCUCGGCGGGGGCGGGGAGGGAAGCGGGCCGCGGGGAGGGGUGAGCCGCGAGGUCGCAGGUCAGCCGCGGGGCAUCACGGGAAGGCCGGCGGGGGUCGCGCUCGGUGGCGCUGGUUGGACGCGCUCGCUGGGCCACCUGCGGCUGCAGCGCGGCCUCUGGCGGAGGAAUCUGGGCGAAGGCGGCGCGUGAUUGGCCGCGUCUUGGUGCAGCUCCCAGCCGUGGUGCUUCCGCGUGCUGGCGGCCAGGUGCGACCUCGGCAGCGGGCCGUGGGCUGGGCGGCUGGGCAGUGUGGACUCCGCGAGGCCUCACUAGGUUUUGAGAAUUUAGAAACCGGGGCUCCCUCUUUCUUCGGGAAGGACGGCCUCUUGGACGCUUGGUUUGUCCCCGCCUUGACAUCUCGAGGCGCAACCGGGGAGCUAUUGUUGUCUAGCGGAGAGGUUGUGCGUAUGUCAGCAGCCCUAGGGGCACCUUGGUCAUCCAGAAACAAGGGACCGGAGAACCUUGGAAGGUUUUUGAACCUAGUAAUAAAAGACGUCUCUCCAUUCCCCACGAAUUACAGACCCACUAGCCCAGGAGACAGUCCAUCUGGAAACCACAUGCCUGGCCCCCCGCCAAAGAGGCCCAUUGAACUGUCGGCAGUUGGAACAUUGACUGUGCAGGAUCGAUGCCUACAGACACCUGUGAGAACGAUAGCAGACUUAUUUUCAUUGCCCUUCCUGCCUUUAUUCGCCUCCUGUUUUCCUUUGUCCCACUCAUCUGUGUCCGUGGCUGCCAGCCCAGUACAGGUCUUCAUCUUUCCUCAUGGAUGACCGAAACAGCCUCCCAGUUGGUUCCCCGCUGCCCACCAGAACCAUCUUGGGCACAACAAGCUAGCCCUUUUCUAACAUAACUGAGUGAGGGCUUGUGUGCCCGCAGUGCAGAACGCCAAGCUCUGAUAACAGGUGUCUGCAGCCAAGUAAGUUUACUUCCAGGGUGAGGGAGUAGGAGACAAGCCUCAGAUCCACUGUCUCUUGAGUUAGGGAUGUUUUCAAGGGGAACAAUAAAGAGACUGGGAUUCGUCA